AUGUCGUCCCCGCCGCCAUACGAAACUAAUCCCGACACCCGACAGCUUCCUCCGGGCUGGAUAACCCAAUACGACUCAAAUUACAAGACAUGGUUCUACGUCAAUACGCAAGCAACGCCUCCAGUCACAACUUGGGUCCACCCCCUCGGACCGCCACCCCCUGUGCCUCAACCACAAUAUGCACCACCCACUGGAGGACCCCCUCCGAACAACAACUACGGGGGCGGAUAUAACCAGGGCGGAUACAACCAAGGUGGAGGGGGCUAUGGAUACAACAACCCCCAAGGUCAUUCUGGCUAUGGCGGCAACAGCAAUACCCCUGGGUUUCCACAAGGUCCACAAGGCUCGGGUCCACAAGGUCCAGGUCCUCAGCAAGGGUACGGUGGGGGCCCAGUAAGUCCAGGAGCUAGCGGCUACAGGUCAGAUUAUGGUGGCAGCGGAGGCUAUGGACAGGGCAAUUACAACAGCCAGUCGCCUCCCCCCCAACAAGGUGGCAAAGGCAUGGGUGGGAUGCUUGGAGGGCUCCUAGGCGGAAAGACUGGAGGGUCUAGUGGUGGAGGCGGUAUGGGUGGGCUGAUGGGCAAGCUCGGUGGAGGCAGUCACGGAAGCGGUGGCCACGGUGGGUACGUGGGUGGCGGAGGCUACCCCGCGCAGCAGGUGGUCUACACCCAAGCGCCCAAGAAGUCCGGCGGGAUGGGUAUGGGCACCAUGGCACUCGCAGGUGGUGCUGGUCUAGUGGGAGGUCUCCUUGUGGCCGACGCAAUUGAUGACAUGGGUGAUAGCGGUGGUUUUGACGAUGACUUCGGUGGCGAUUUUUGA